ACAAAUAUGUGCAGAUUUCAAGAUCCAGAAGAAGACAAGGCAGAAGUUAUCUUGUAACACCGCAGUUAAGAGUCAGUUCCAGCUGGCAGCUAUGUAAUAUGGCAACAUGACGGAGAAUCCAUUUUACUCACGGGCAGUGCUGCUGCUGCUACUCUCUGUGACACUAUAUCACUACAGAACAGUAACAAACCAGCACAUUAUUCCCCGCGUUGAUUUUCACAGUCCCAUUCCGCCUGACCUUCUCGGUUUCCGUAAUGCUCCAGCGCCUACGCGUGUCAGGUGACUUUGCCGGCGGAACUACAAUCCCCAGCAUGCGUCGCUUCUCUGUUUUGAUACCGUACUCUACUGCUUGCUGGCAAGAUACAGCAGCGGCUUAUAUUUAUUAAAAAACACACAUCAUCUCUGCCGGUAGUUUAUUUCCCCUUGGCCUGGGUAUGUUCGAAUGGGACUAUUAUUGAGUUUCCUUUGGGCGUGACGUCACAUGAUUAUCAUGUGUCCUGCCUUCCAAGAUGGCUUCCUCCCUGUGAGGUGUUUUUUUGAGAGUACAUAACCGGGGGAGAAUCCGCCGGCACCUCCCGUUUGAGAAUAUGAUAGGCUCUCCGGACCUGAUGCCUUUUACAAUGGAGGAGGAAUAUGAAGACCCAUUUCAGGGUUCCUCUGGGCUGCCAGAAGAAUACUCUGUGCCUCUGUUCCCCUUUUCCCAAGCUAACAGAAGUCCCUGGUCCAGGCUGUCAGCUGCCAAAUUUAGCAGGGACUUUAUUCUCAUCUCAGAGUUCUCCGAGCAAGUGGGUCCUCAGCCCCUUCUCACCAUUCCCGAUGAUCAGCGUAUUUGUGGCGACUUUGACCUCAACUACUUCUCCCUGCGCAUUAUGUCGGUGGACUACCAGGCGUCCUUCGUGGGCCACCCCCCAGGGUCAUCCUACCCUAAGCUCAAUUUUGUAGAGGACUCUAAGGUUGUCUUGGGAGACUCUAAAGAAGGAGCAUUUGCAUAUGUCCACCACUUAACCCUGUACGACUUGGAGGCGCGAGGCUUCGUCAGGCCCUUUUGCAUGGCCUAUAUUUCCAUGGACGAGGAAAAGAUCAUGAGACAGUUCAUGGAGCUCUCUAGUGACUUCUCUAAAGCGUCAGAGUGCCUGAAAACUGGCAAUAGGAAGGCGUUUGCUAAUGAGCUGGAAAAGAAGCUCAGAGACCUUGAUUACACCCGGACAGUUCUACAGACACAGAUGGAAGAACAGAUGAAAGCUGACGACAAGGGAUUUUACACAACGCAAACCAUAGAUAAAGCCAAUGAACUUGCCAAUGUGGAGAAAUCCAUUAUAGAGCAUCAAGACUUACUGAAGCAGAUCCAGUUGUACCCAUACAGGAAAAUAAAAGAGACAGAUUUCCAGCCAUAUGAGCCUGAAACUUUACAAGACUCAGAUGUUCCGAAUGAAUCUGAGCAACCAUUAGCCAUUUCUGACCCAGAAGAGAGCCUGGUGGAAGAAGAGAACAGUGGUUACCUUCCCAGAUCAUCUUACACCCCUAAAUUCAUAAAGGCAAAAUCGUCAAAAUGCUUUGAUAAAAAAUUAAAAACAUUGGAGGAACUGGUUGAUAUUUAUUUCUUUACGCAAACAAUAGACCUACUUACUGUCGUCGAAAAGAGGUAUCGGGGUGACUUGAGCUAUCUUCUAAUGAAGCAACUUGAAAUGGGACUUUUAGAGCAACAGAUGGUUUCAAAUUUCCUGUUCGAAGACAUUGCGACUUGGGAUACAAAGCAAUCCAGUAUACAUUUCUCUAAUACUUUGGCACUUGCUCAGGCUUUGAAUAGUCCUAAAUUUGUGGAAGAACCAGGAAACCUUAAAAAUUCAGCAAGUCUGGAAUCGUACAAAUCAAGUGUGGAAUCUGUCCCUAUUAAAAUUGAACAGGAAAUGUUUGAAGAAGAAAUUCAUCAAGAGACAGGUGAGCUGAGUGUCUCUGACACCCUAGACAACUGUGAAUAUAAUGAUUUGGAUAUUAAAGGGAGUGUUAGUAGCAGUGAAAGCAUUGAAGUCUUGAGAACAGAGAAGUCGGUUGCUUUGUUCACUCAUUCUGAGAGCCAGCCAUGUUUAAGGCUUAGUCCCCAGGCACCCAGGAGAAAGGUAGGUAGCAGAAGAACCAUUAGUGGAGACAGUAUUGAAGUUCUAAGCAUGUGUCCUUCUGAAAGUGUUCUUCCUGAGGAUUUUAGACCAGCAUAUCAAGUCGCCAUCCAUGAAGAAGAACCAGAUGGAGUAGAUGUGGAUGGAGAGCAGCCAUGUAAUUCCACUAUUAAUGAGGAGAAUGAACCCUCUGCAAAUGAUUUAUCAGGAGACCCAGCUUGUUGCAUUGGGAUGGAAACUUCUGGACUUUUAGAGCAGACUGGAAAUGUGACCCCUGUACCUGAUGAUGAUGAUGAUGAUGAUAAUAGUACAGUUGUUAGUGUCCCACCACAGUCAUAUAGACACACGGAUCAUGCCUUUCAAGUCAAGUUCUCAGUGGACGGGACUGAGAUCCAUUCUAACAAAGUGAGCCCCCUUGGCCUUUCUAAACCUGAACAAGACUCAACAUAUUUAAUGAGUAGUGGAGAGUCUGUAAGACUGAUUAAUGAGGAGUAUUCUGACUCUACAAGUUAUAGAAGCAGUACUUCGACUUGUUCUGAUAGGACUCCCUCCCCUGCUCCAUGUGUCACUGGCCUUUCUGAACGACAUAAAAGAAAAGCCGGUCAAAAUGCACUGAUGUUCAUUAGACAGUACCCCUUUUCCCACCCUGCCAUUUAUUCUCUUCUCUGUGGAAGAACGCUCAUAGUAUUGGGUGAGGAGGAAGCUUUUGUCAGAAGGCUUGUGACGGCACUAUCAAUAUUUGUGCCCAAUCAUGGACAUGUUGCCAAACCCGUUAACACAUGGAUGACUUCCCCACUGCACAUAAUCGAUUUUCAGAAGUGGAAACUAAUUGGACUUCAAAGGGUUGGUUCUCCGUCCAGUACCAACAUCCUGCACUCCUUGAAUCGUUACAGUCGCUAUGCGAGUGUGUUGGACGCGGACUAUAAAACACUACGCUGCCCUGUAUAUAAAGGAGCCUUCCUGCAGAGACUGGCUGAUCACCGCACACAGAUCAGACGGGGCAGUACCUACUACAUGCAUGUGCAAAGUAUGUUGACUCAGCUUAGUUCUAAGGCUUUUCUCUUCACAUUUUGUCACCACGUGCAUCUCCCUAUACGGGAAAAAGAAAGUGAGGAGUCCAUAGCCCAGCGCAGAGCUGCCUUCCUUCACCAGCUGCUUGGUCUCUCUGAAGAGGACAGCAAGAUAGUGGAAUAUCUCUCAGAACUUCUCAAAAAGCAUUAUCUAAAGGAAUCAGGGACCCAGCUUCUCCCAAUGCUCAGGUUUGACUAUAUGUCCAAUUUUUUGUACAAGAUCUAACGUGGGAGCCUUCAUUCUUAUGGAGAGAGGCUGCCAUUGACUUGAGAAUGUAACUGUAGCUGAAGGAUGUCAACUGCUGCUCCUCAGACUGCCAAAUGUCUUUGGAAAUCUUCUUAGUGUUUUGUUGGCUUACUGUCUAUGUGAUUUGGUUGUGUACAUGCCUUCUUAAACCUUGAGACUACUGAGCAACUGCCCUGUUCUCACCCCCCGCAUGUUAAAUAUACAGGAGAAUUCUGUAGUAUAGGAAGCUGUAAGUAGGAAACAGCUGUGAUGUUUUUUAUAAGGCAUAGUCCUCAACAGCAAAGUGAUUCUAACCUUUCAUGAUGCGAAAGGAUAACCGAUUUGUUUUGUAUGUGCAGGUAUCAAUGUAGAAUACUUAACUGCCUACUCAGUGGUGCAGGCGGCAGCCUACUCCAAACACAGCAGACAUUAAUGUUCCUUAUCCGAAUGCACUGAGCAAUGUAAUGAGCAGUAAUGUUCUGUUUAGGGAUGCACCAAAUUCACUAUUUUCUAAACCCAAAUUCUUUGUUAUGUGACAAAAAGUCCCAUAAUGUUAAGGAUUUGGUUCAGCCAGGCACGGCAAUUUGGCCGAAUCCUGCUGAAAAAGGCAGAAUACCGAAUCCUGGAUUCGGUGCAUCCCUAGUCCUGUUAACUGUAGGUGAUAGGUUUCAAGCACUAAUUAACCUAAUAGCUUUACCUCCAAAUUCUGUUCACUUAUUUGCUGUGAUCACUUUGCCCUGGUGCCAAUGAUUUGCUGCUACAGUCAAUAUGAAGUUAGAAAUUGCAUUGCAUGUUAUAUGACUCACAAACCAAAGGGUGGUAAUAUAAUACCAGUUUUUCCUGGUCAAUAUUAGCAUAGCCUAGUGCCACUAGCCUGUUGCUGAAUCACUAUUACAAAACCCAGGUUUUCCUUGGCCUUACAGACUGUGAUGGGAGUAAAACAUGGUUAUUUUUGUAUCUCGAAUUACUUGAUAAUAUGUUUUUUGUAACCAAUAACAGACCCCAAGUUUGUGUAGGACUGAACUAUUGUAGCAUUAGUAGUUCUGCUUGUGCAGUGUAUGGCGCCAUUAUAUACAGCAUUGGCAUUCCCACUACGAUACAAGAAAAUCCCUCUGGGCACUUACGAUCCAGGUCUGUUCAUCGGAUAUGUGCACAGUGAGCUGGUGUUUGCGAUAGGAGAAGGUGUGGUCACUGGAGGGGAAUUUGGUGGCUGUGGAGCCUUUGAGGUCAGGUCCUCUGGUGGGCCUUUGGUGAUAGUAUAGCGGUUUACAUAACCCUCUUUCAUGCACUGAGCCUAACUGGGCAAAAUUCUCUGUACUAAUAUAACAUGAUCCACUGCUCCUCUGUAUUCUGCACUGCUUCUUAAAGGAGAAGGAAAAUAUUCUUCUACUUGGGGAUGCCAAAUGUUAGGCACCCCCAAGUGAUUAUAUAUAUAUAUUUACCUGAAACCCCGGGCCGGUGCUCCUAUCAGCAGAAAACUGCACAGGCUCGGGGUUCUUCCGGCAAGCACCACAAAGCAAUCCUCUUCCGGCUUCUUCUUUCUUCUUGUGGCUGCACAUGUGCAGUAGAGCGAAAAGCCGAACUGUAGCUAAAAAGUCGGCUAAUUCGUCUACUGUGCAUGCGUCUGCCCCGGGAAAUUUGAAGAAAAAGCCGGGAAAGGAUCGCUUCGUGGUGUUCGCUAGAAGAACUUCGGGUCGGUGCAGUUUUCUGCUGAUAGGAGCACCGGCCUGGGGUUUCAGGUAAGUAAAUACAAUAACUUGGGGAUGGCUAACAUUUGGCACCCCCAAGUGGAAGAAGACUUUCCUUCUCCUUUAAUCUCUUGGGGUUUGUCUGGGCCUGCCUUGGCCACCUUAGAUUUUCAAAGCUGCUAAGUAGCUCUUCCAUGUAUUUCUUAUGACUUACCAGAUAAAUCAUAAAGGAUUCUGUGUACAGUAAUACUCCAGUAAUGUGUGAUACUUACUAAAAGCCAUUAUACUGCCAUGAUACACCUGACGUUUAAUUACAUGAUGGACUUCAAGCUGUAAUCAUGUCAUGUAUCAAGAAAUUUAUGUUUUAUAAUUUAAUCGUGAGUCACACAAUUUUCUAUGCAUUUUUUCUUUUGAAUAUGCAACCUUCCCAUAGGGUGUUUCUUGAAAUAUUUUUUGAUUGAUUUUAUGCAAUAUCUUUCCUUCUUCCAGAAUGUCUGUGUAGGUAGACCUGGGAUGGAAGGGUAUUUAAUUAGGAUUAUUCCUUAUUAAUUAGCAAAUGCAUCAUGUGUUGUGGUAGAGUUUUGAUGGAAUUGCCACAGGACUCCAAAUGGAAAUCAUUGAUAGUUUAGCUGUGAACUGGGUGCAUUGACAGCCUCUAAUCAGGUUAUGGAUCCAUUCCGUCCAUCUUAUUCAGGGCCGGAACUAGGGGUAGGCAGAAGAGACACCUGCCUAGGCUGCAACAAUAGGGAGGUACCUCUUAAAUUGUCUUCUGACUACCCCUAUUCCGUUUUUGCAGCCAUCUUUGGUUUUCGCCUCCGCAUCUCUCUUCCCCCUCCCUCCAUUGUUCUCCCCUCCAUCUCUCCCACUUCCCCUCAGUCACUCCCCCACCUCUGUCCUCGUCCUGCCGGCUACUCACACAUUCGCGCGCGGGAGAGGGAGCCGGGUUGCCAGCUGGGUUGCCUACGGUUUGGCCCGGCCCUGAUCUAUGCUGUAUGUCUUGCUGUCCACAAGAUGACUUUAAACCCCAUAAUUGGUCUUGACUGUCCAUCUUGUUAGAUGCCUGUCCUGUUGUCUACACACCUGAUUCCUAAUUGCACCAUAUCCCAGUGUUCGUGAUUGGGCAGUUUGUU